AUGAGACUGCAUGAGAACACGAAAAGAGACUCGGAGGAAUCAUGGCGAGUAGGAAUGGAUCUAGAAAAGGGCGAUCGAUAUGGCGCCAUGAACGAACAUUCCGAUGUCACUAAUACCCAUGAGGAUGUUUCGUCGGGGCCUUCGCUCAAGGAAGACUGGCAGGGACUUAUUGACGACGAUGCCUUGCUAUCGUCUCUUACAAUACCUGGCACCCACGACAGCGCCGCUUUCACGCACCCUUGGCCAUUUGUGGCGACGCAGUCAAUGAACAUUUCUCAGCAGCUUCACGCUGGCAUACGAUACUUCGACCUUCGCUGCGGGAUCAGGAACGAUGUUGCCGAAAUGGUUCACGGUCCGUCUUUACUCGGUCUUCAACUCCAUGAUGUUCUCAAUAGCAUGUUCGAAUUUUUGGAUAGCCACCCCACUGAAGGCCUAAUUGUGCAGAUCAAAGAGGACAGGGAACCGGAAAAGUCCACGAAACAUUUUUCGCAAGUGAUUUGGCAGAACAUUUCAUCCAACCCGGACAGGUGGCGGACUGCAAAUACUACACCCACGAUGGGCGAACUGAGAGGGAAAAUCCAGCUGUUCAGGCGUUAUCAAGGCCCGAGACUGUUCUCGUUUGGAAUUGAUGUCACUCAAUGGCGGGACAAUCCUGACUUACCAUUCACCAUUUUCACGACACAUGAUGUUCAGAUCACCAUACAAGAUCAUUACAGCUUCUCAGAUCCUCAGCCUUUGCCUUCGUUGAUCAUCAGCAAGGGAGGUGAUGUGCAGCGUCUUCUUGACCGAGCGCCGCAAGACGCGGACGAUAGUCAUUGGUACAUGAAUUUUACCAGCGCCUUCGAAUUCAACCUUUGGUACCAAAUUCCUCCUCGAACCAUUGCGAUUGGCGGCUACUAUGGCUUCCGUUGGGAAGAGGGAAUGAAUGUUCGCUUGCGGAAUUACCUACGCAUCCAUUCUGGGAAGCACCGCUUUGGCAUCGUAGCCAUGGAUUUUCCGGGAGCUGGAACGGACGACUUGAUCACCACCUUGAUUCAGUCGAACUUCAAAUAUAAAGUCAAAUACUGGCCUUUGUUACU